UUGUUUUGACAGCAUUGCCCUAUUAACAAGAAAAACCUCCCUGAAAAGUCACAAGAUGCAGAUCAAGUUCCUUUACUUUUUCCUCGCGGUGAUGACGAUCUUCAUCCUGGGAUCCCAGCAAGUCGAUGCCGAUUGUCUUUCUGGAAGAUAUAAAGGUCCCUGUGCCGUCUGGGAUAACGAUACUUGUCGUCGUGUUUGCAAGGAGGAAGGACGAUCCAGCGGACACUGCAGUCCCAGUCUGAAGUGCUGGUGCGAAGGAUGCUAAGCCCGAUUUCCCGAAACUUUUUGAUCGAAAUGAAAUGAAAAUUUACAUAAUGUACCACCAGUUGAAAAAAACAAAUAAAAUACAGCAAUGAAAUUAA